UUAAUUUCUUUUCGACUGAAAACAGAAAGACAUAAAUCUUGAAUGACAAUGAUCAGGAUUUUUUAUGAAAGUGGAGUAAUCCUUUAGGAUGGUGACACUUUGUAAUGUGGGUUCAUGCUAUAAUGCACUUCCUGGUUUCCUUUUUCCACAAGGCUGUUUCAGCCACACCAUUUGAGAGCUGUCAUUAUCAUUACAGAGAAGAUUAACCCCUUACAGGAGAGUGUCCGGGGCAGAAAGGCCGUAAUUAGUGGGUAGGUGUGGGUACUCAUGGCGUCGGCAGACCACCAAGGAAACAAGGACCCCACAGACAUCUCCAGAACAGAUGGAGCAGCUCAGCCCACCGCUACGUCUUGCCCCGUCCACAGCCAUACGGCCGAGGAACCGAAGAGGAACUUGAGGAAGGGUCUGGUGAGACAUCGAGACUACGUUAAAAUUUCUGUGCCAGAAGGAAAAGGCAACAGGUUGCCUUCAGAAUGGUGGAAGACCAUCAUCGCUUUGGUUUACGCCGUUUUAAAUCUGGUCCUGACCACGGUUAUGAUCACGGUGGUUCACGAGAGAGUGCCUCCCAAGGAGAACAGUCCACCUUUGCCCGAUAAGUUCUUUGACUAUGUUGACCGUGUUCAGUGGGCAUUUACAGUGACGGAGGUCAAUGGGAUGGUGCUGGUGUCCAUAUGGUCCAUUCAGUGGCUCUUUCACAGACACAAGGCUAUUGUGGGAAGACGAUAUUUAUUUAUUCUUGGCACAUUGUACAUGUACAGAUGUGUAACCAUGUACAUCACCACUCUACCCGUGCCUGGGAUGCACAUGGUCUGUGCGCCAAAGCUUUACGGUGAUUCAGAAGCAAAGAUGCAGCGCGUUCUUCAGUUACUCUCUGGUGGCGGUUUAUCGAUCACAGGCUCUCAUCUGCUGUGUGGAGAUUUCCUCUACAGCGGCCACACUGUCAUUCUCACUCUCACGUAUCUCUUCAUCAAAGAGUAUUCUCCUCGUUCAUUCUGGUGGUAUCACCUGCUGUGUUGGUUAAUGGCUGCUGUGGGUGUUGUGUGUAUCCUGGUGGCUCAUGAACAUUACAGUGUGGAUGUGGUGGUGGCCUAUUAUAUCACCACCCGACUCUUCUACUGGUAUCACACUAUGGCAAAUUUGCAGACUUUAAAAUGUUCUCCGAACAACUAUCUCACUCACACCUGGUGGAACCCUGUGUUUAAGUUUUUCGAGAGGAACGUCCUGACUCAAGUGCCCUGCUCUUUCUGUUGGCCAGUGACAUGGCCACCCGCUUGCCUGAAGAACCCCUGUAAGAAAUACUCCAUGGUGCAGAGUGGCCGAGAAGAGUGACUGGAUUUGGCAUCCCGAAUGCAUAACAAUGUUUUGUAAUUCGCUUGUGGCUAUCUAAAUAUUUACAUGGUACCAAAGACCAAAGGCUGCUGGUGAGGUUACUGUAUCCAUAUGGACAAAUGAGUCAAACUGUUGUGUUUUAUAUAGCAAACCGAAUAGUAUUUGACAUGGUUUCAUGUUUUAUUAUUUAUUUGCAGUCAAUUUGGCCACUUACAAAAAACACAUGAAUCAUAAUAUUUAAAUGGCCUACAGGAAAUGUUAUGGUUAUGAAAUUAUAGAUUCCCAGAAAUGCUCUCCCUCUCUGUCGCUCUCUUUCUCUGUCUCUCAAACACAAUCUCUCUCUUUCUGUCUGUCCCUCUUAUGAAAACUCCAAAAAUGUAUGCAUGCUUUUCUUUAGUUGUCAUAUUGUCUCCUUAUUUAAUUGUAAUUUAAUUUUUUGCCAUUACUGGAGUUGUUAAAAAUGUUUAAUUAAUUUAUUCCAAUACUUUACUAUAUUAUAAAUGCAUGUUGUUUCUUUUUAGUGGUUCUACUCUUUUUACUUUUUUAAAGGAUAUUUUAGGAAAAGAACA